CACAGCAGAGGUGGCAGAAGUGGCCCUCGCCUGUGGUCUCGGUUCUGCUUGUGCGCGACUUUGGCACCAUGGAGGGGACCCAAGAAGCUCUGAGUGGGAAAAUGCGGCUCCUUUUCACCCCUGCUGCUCGGACCAGCCUCCUGAUGCUCAGGCUCAACGAGGCGGCGCUACGGGCACUGCAAGAGUGUCAGCAGCAACAGGUACGGCCAGUGAUCGCUUUUCAAGGCCACCGAGGGUAUCUGAGGCUCCCAGGCCCUGGAUGGUCCUGCCUCUUCUCCUUCAUAGUCUCCCAGUGUGGCCAAGAGGGCAGUAGUGGUGGCUUGGACCUUGUGUACCAACGCUUAGGCAGAUCUGGGCCUAACUGUCUCCACUGCCUGGGCUCCCUGAGAGAGAGACUCACUAUUUGGGCAGCCAUGGAUACUAUCCCAGCUCCACUGUUAGCUCAGGAACACCUGACUGAAGAUCCCAGAGAGUCUGAGAGCUGGCAGGACACAGGAGAUGAAUCUGAAGGCCAUCCCCAGAGAGCACUAGAAGAGGUGUCUGACCCACUGGCAAGCAACCAUGGACAGUCACUCCCAGGAUCCUCCAGUGAGCCCUUGGCACAAUGGGAAGUGAGGAACCACACCUAUCUUCCAAACAGAGAGCAGGACCAGCCACUGCCUUCCCCUGCCAGCCAGAAAUGCCUGGACAAGAAACGUUCAGCACCUAUAACCACUGAAGAACCAGAGGAAAAGAGGCCCAGAGCUUUGCCUCUAGUCGCAAGUCCACUACAAGGCCUAUCAAAUCAGGAAUCACAAGAGGGAGGAGACUGGGUGCAAGAUGAAGAUGGAGAUAGAGAUUCUAGGCUGGAGCAGAGUCUCUCGGUUCAAGCAGCCUCUGAAUCCCCAAGCCCCGAGGAGGUACCAGAUUAUCUCCUGCAAUACAGAGCCAUCCACAGCGCAGAGCAGCAGCAGGCCUAUGAGCAGGACUUUGAGACAGACUAUGCUGAAUACCGAAUCCUACAUGCCCGCGUCGGGGCUGCCAGCCAAAGGUUCACAGAGCUGGGGGCGGAGAUCAAGAGACUUCAGCGAGGAACUCCGGAACACAAGGUGCUAGAAGAUAAAAUAGUCCAAGAGUAUAAAAAGUUCAGAAAGGUAAGCCAGGCUGCGAGCAGAGGCAGUAAGGUAGAAGUCACUUUACUUUUUGACAAGAGUGCUUUUUCUCUGCAGCGGUAUCCAAGUUACAGGGAAGAGAAGCAUCGCUGUGAGUACCUGCAUCAGAAAUUGUCCCACAUUAAAGGUCUCAUCCUGGAAUUCGAGGAAAAGAACAGAGGCAGCUGAAACUACCCAGGACUCUUAGCCUGUCCCCAGUGAUGAAAGGAACAGCUCCAAGGUGGAGCACAUCUGCUUUUCUGAUUUUGACCCUUCCGUCCAUGGUGGCAAGUAGAGUCAUGCUAGGUUACUGCAGUUGGACUUCAUUGUUGCCGUACAUUUCUAGGGUGUGGGCAGUCAAGUCUCCUUGGCUGUGCCCAGCAGACUAGGAAAGUAGCAGACACUUGGCUUCUUCAACUUUACUUCAGCUGUUUUCAGAUCCUGAAAAAUGACAUUUCCAGGUCGACACACACUUUGGGGACGUUGGACAAGUGAGUUUAGCUGAGUGGCCUCGCAGGAACAAAAUGAGAACCUCUGGUGUUAUAGCAUACCUAGAUGUAAGGGAAAGGGCUCAGUGUUGCUCGUGUACUGUAACAUGGCUGAAAAAUGAAAACCAAUUGCUUGUGUCUUGUGUGAUCAUUAACCUUCAUCAUCCAAGGCAGUGCUGUGUAUCUGACUUCCUUUGAGACUCUCUGAGUCCCCAUGUUCCAGCCCAAGUGUUAUGAACUGGAGUCUCCAAGAUUAUGGUCAUCUUUACUGUGCUCAUAUCGGCUAGACAUAUGCUCUACCUACCACUAAGCAACACUACCUUUCCCCACCCCCAACAUGUUUUUAAAACAUUAUGUAUGAUCCAGAUGUACAUUUUGUUAUCAGGCUUUACCAAAAACAUACUGAAAAAACAGGGAUUAUACUAAUAUGUUUCAUUUUGUGUGUUUAGAGUCACAUAGAAUUAAAGCUUAUAUAUCUAGAAUUAUCCAGGGCUGAAAGUUACAAUUAUGGACAGGAGUCUGAUUUAGCUAUAGAUGGCCCUAUUUUAAUCCAUUAAAAAAAAUAGAUCUUGUAGGCUCUUGUUCUUGUCAGUGAUGAUGUGUUUUCUUGUUUCACUGGGAGGGAAUUAAUGGCUGCACGCAGCAGUAUCAACAAUUCCUCCAACAAAAUGGAUGGAACCCCAAACCGAUGUCACACUCGAACAGGGCAUUUCUGGGCAGGACAAUCCUCAGGAGCUUGGCUUCGUGGCAAAGAUAAGCAGUAUCUUAUGAACAUGAACAAGGCCAGAACAACUGUAAUUUCAGUAUCUUGGGGCUGAGCAGGGAGGACUGUCACAAGUUCAAGGUCAGUCUGGGCUGCAGACGGAGACUGAGAAAUUAAGAUUUAGAGAUGGGAACUGGACCUAGUCAGUCUGAGGCUACAGGGAUCAGCGUAGCAAGUAGUACUUAAAUUUUUUCGAGAUCUCAUAUAGCUCAA